CGUUGCUUCGCUCCAGCAAGCUGCAGGGUUCAAGUUAAGUUUCUCUUCCUGUUCGCGAAUCGACCAAGAACACGCUGGAACGCAGGCCAGUCACACUAUUUGUACAUAUUAUAGGGGUGUGAGUUGGUGUUUGGAAUUUUUCUGGCAUACUACCCUCACGAACGUUGAACGAAAGGUCCCCCAUGUCCAUGCUAUCAGAUCCCUUAAUCGAUGUUAAGCCUGGAAGCGCCACCAGUCUCGUUGAGCGGUGUUGCGUCCGCAUCGACCAAGACCUCGUUGCAUUAGCGGAGUCUAUGCGCGUCCUUCGUUCUCGCCGGAAUGGUCUCGCCCGUAUAUCUUGCCUUCCACUUGACAUUCUCGUAACUAUCUUCAGACAUUUCGAGAGCUUCGAGAAUCAUACAAGCACAUCCCGCCAUCGCGGUGCCCCUAUUUGUCUGAUACUUACACAUGUCUGUAAGCAGUGGCGCCAGCUCGCUCUCGAUUGUCCAACCCUUUGGAUAUAUAUCAGCUGUGUCUCUCCUCGUUGGCUAGGCGUGAUGCUUGAGAGGUCGAAGGAUGCUCAUUUGGUUGCCACAUACCAUGCACCAGUCUCGCUACGAGGUUGCUUGGAGCCAGUUCUUUCUCAUCUACCUCGAAUCAAAGUCCUCCGAAUUUGCUCAGUUUCGCCGGAUGUCGAUCGCAUUGUGGAAUUGUUAUCAUCACAGCCCGCACUAUCUCUUCAAAUAUUCGAAUUCACGGUCAUAGGGACCGUCCAUCAUUCAUUGAUGCCCAUAUCAGACACCCUCUUUCGAGGACAAGUACCCCUACUUCAGAGCGUUGAGCUUGUGCUAUGCAGCUUGAGUUGGACAUGGAGCAUCUUCAGCGGGCUUCGCUCUCUAAGUGUGAGAGGAACAACAGGCGCCCUUCCUACUCCGGCGCAGCUCCUGUCAACUCUGAGAUAUAUGCCUGACUUGGAGCAGCUUACGCUUCAGUCACUGCCCACGACUUUCUGGGACACAGGGCUCUGCGAUAAGGUGCCGCUCACCCGGUUGAAAAGUAUGGCGCUAGAUAUUGGCGCCGCCCAAACCGUUGUCUCUCUCUUCGAAUGUCUAGUCCUUCCGGCUGGCGUCAAGGUCGCUCUAUACAUUUCACAAAUUGAAGGCUCUCAAAGCUUUUCUGAUCUAUUUUCCGCCAUGGAUAGGGCUUCUGACGGACCUAGUCCCGUUGUUCGAUCCCUGCGCGCCAUCCGCAUUUCGAAUAAUGGUUUUGUUGUCCAGUUCAACACAUCAAUGGCGUUCAAAUCUCAUCAUUAUCAUUCCUGGAACCCUGCUGAUGAUGACAUACCACUCUCGAUUCAAUUCACAUGCAACCCACUCGCUCAUGUUCAGCCGACCAUCAUAUUUGAAUUAUGUCGGGUCGCCUCGCAGGGCAGGAUUCACAGCAUGUUUCUUGAGUUAUUAUACGAUCUCCCAGAACUUUUCUGGCGCACUGGGUCGGCCGGCCUUCUGGAUCUCCAUGUUAUCCGUAUCAGCAGGAACUCCAUUCGUGGCUUAAUCGAUGCGCUUUCUAUUGAUGACAUCCAGGCCUCAGUCGUAGCAUAUCCCUCGCUCCGUGUUCUAGAGCUCGAGGGUAUCAACUUCGGGGAUCAUGAAGCUGAAGACCUCCAGCAUGCCAUCAAACAGCGGGCCGAAUGCGGCGCCCAUAUACACAAGCUUCGACUCGCGGGGUGCAUAAAAAAUUUGACAGUUGAUCAAGUGCGGCUCCUUGAGGAAGCGGGUGUGAAUGUUGAUUGGGAUAGGCAUGACGAAGAAACCUGUGCUGAUCCUGGCCGUCAUGGAUAUGCACCUGGAAGAUUGUUUUAG